CCGAGGCUCUCUGAAUCCGGGCGGGGAGGGCCGUGCGGAGGGACGGACCGUGCUGUGGGGCCAGCGCCCGGCCCCGCUCCUCCCGCGCUGCCUCCACCCAGCCGCGGGCUGGAGGCGGCCACGGGGCCCUUGGGGUCUCCUGAGCCCCCCGCGCUCCGGCCCCGAACUUUUCCCACCUCCACACAGCCCGUGGGUACAGGGACCCGGGUCGUGCGUGGGAGGGGCUGCAGGCGGAGGCAGAGAGCAGGAGGGGCGCCGGUGAGAGCAGGAGGAACCGCGUGGAGGUGAUGUCGCCCAGGGACAGGGCUAUGGCUUGGCCAGACUGAGCCCAGAGGGGUCCUGGCUCCUGCACUUACUGCUUGUGUGACCUUGAACCUGAGUCUGUGAAGAGAGAUGUGCUUGGUUGGUGGAAGUUCCAGGGCCUGCGACGGGGAGCAUGUGCAGAGACCUGGAUAUGUCCCCGCGCUGCCUCUCCCCCUGUGCCCUUUCUCCUUACCCCAGCUGCUGUCUGCCCCCUUCCUGCCCCCAAGUUCUGGGAGACCAAAGCUCCUUUGUUACCUUCCCCUGCCCCCAGACCUCACCACCUGCCAUCGGCCACAAUCCGCGCUUUGUGUGGUCUGGCAGUUGUCAUGGCAGCUGCCCCAGGGGAAGCCUUCUGGUUGGGGGGGCUGUCAUCUCAACUUCAGCCUGAGCCUGUGUGGGGAGGGCUGAGGCCAGAGCCAGGGGCUGGGAAGAGGGCAGUGACCCCUCAGGGCCCUGUCCUAAGACGUGUCCCCCGCUCUCCCCAGAACUUGCUGGCGAGGAAGGGAAAGGUCAUCAGAGGUUUGAGUCGGGGCCAAGUGGCCGUCAGAGACUCAGACUCGGUCUGGGCUCUGCUGGGGGUGGCAGACUGGCCUCCAUGGCCUACUGUUUUUUUUGGCCAGGUCAUUUUGCUGGGCAGCCUGCUUUCUGGGUUCCAGGCCAGCUGAGUGAUGUGUCGGUUACGUUGGCCCUGGUGCGGCCAGGACAGAAGUACCCAGGUAUCGGGAGGAGCUGCCCAGACGGCGGGCAGGGAGCGCCGUGCUGAUGCCGUGGGGUCUCCGGGAUGGAGAGUGGCCUGGCCAGCGCCAGCGCAGAUGGGCUGGUGAUGAAGAUCAAACAAGAGAAGCCAGAGUGGCUGCUGCAGACCCUGGCACCACAGGCGGUGCUUUGCAAGAAGGAUAAGGAAAACAUUUUCCAGCAGCGUCGGGGCCUCCCGCCAUGCCAGACCGUCGGGAAGCCGCGAGCCUUGGGGGGACAGGAAGAGACUGGGGGUCCCAGGUGGACCCCUCCCCCUGAGCAGGACGCGGGGCUGGCAGGCAGGGCUCCGGGGACAGCCUCCGGCCCCCUGAGCCGCGCGCUUUCUGCCGGCGAGGGUCACUUCGUGUGCCUGGACUGCGGGAAGAGGUUCAGCUGGUGGUCGUCCCUGCAGAUCCAUCAGCGCACGCACACCGGGGAGAAGCCAUACCCCUGCGGCAAGUGCGGCAAGAGCUUCAGCCAGAAGCCCAAUCUGGCCCGCCACCAGCGGCACCACACGGGCGAGCGGCCCUUCUGCUGUCCCGAAUGUGCCAGGCGCUUUAGCCAGAAGCAGCACCUGCUCAAGCACCAGAAGACCCACUCUCGGCCUGCCACCCACUCGUGCCCUGAGUGCGAGCGCUGCUUCCGCCACCAGGUGGGCCUUCGUAUCCACCAGCGCGCGCACGCCCGGGACCGGCAGGGCGCCCGCGCUGGGCUGCCGGAGCUGCUCCGGGGUGCUGUGACCCGCCGGAACUGUCGCCUGCGGCUGGGGCCAACGCGGGGGCGCCCCGAGUGGGCCUGGCUGGGGCUCUGCCAGGGCUGGUGGCUCCAGUCGGGGUCCCGGACUCCAGUCCCCGCCACCGCCGCCGCCGCCACUGCCGUGGGGCCGGACGAGCAGCGCCAGUUCAUCUGCAGCGAGUGCGGCAAGAGCUUCACGUGGUGGUCAUCGCUGAACAUCCACCGGCGCAUCCACACGGGCGAGCGGCCCUACCCGUGCCCCGAGUGCGGCCGCCGCUUCAGCCAGAAGCCCAACCUGACGCGGCACCUGCGCAACCACACGGGCGAGCGCCCGCAUCCCUGCCCGCACUGCGGCCGCAGCUUCCGCCAGAAGCAGCACCUGCUCAAGCACCAGCGCACGCACCUGCCGGGAGCCCAGGCGGCGCGCUGCCCCAGCUGCGGCCAGAGCUGCCCCAGCCACGCGGCGCUGCGGGCCCACCAGCGCGUGCAUGUCGCCGCCGCCACGGCCCAGCUGCUGCGCCCCGGACCCGCCGUGUUGGGUGCUGAGCCACAGGCUCCGGCCCUCCUGGGCCGGUCGGUGCCGCCGCGUAGUCCCCCGCCGGCCCGGGGACUUGGGGACGUGCAGUGGGACGGCGCGCGGGCGGGCCUGGCGGGGCCCGGGGAGCAGCGCCAGUUCAUCUGCAACGAAUGUGGCAAGAGCUUCUCGUGGUGGUCGGCGCUUACCAUCCACCGGCGCAUCCACACGGGCGAGCGGCCCUACCCGUGCCCCGAGUGCGGCCGCCGCUUCAGCCAGAAGCCCAACCUGACGCGGCACCGGCGUAACCACACCGGCGAGCGGCCCUACCUGUGCGCCGCCUGUGGCCGCGGCUUCAGCCAGAAGCAGCACCUGCUCAAGCACCAGCGCGUGCAUCGGGGGACCCUGGCGCCCACCCCCAGCGCCAAGGACGAGGCUCUUUAGUGCGCUGGGACCCAAAUGGACCCGUGGUGGGGGGAAUGUUUUUCAGGGUGCUAGGGAGAAUGGCCAGAAAUGGUGGCUUUUAGAAUCCCAGGAGCUAAGACCCUAUCUGAAGGCCUAAGAACAGAAAUGCAGAAGCAUCCCAAAGGGGGACCCAAAAGGUCCCUGGUGGGCUGCAGGAGGAGGUAAGAUCAGACAUUCCUUACCCUGGAGCCCAAUGCAUCUGUCAUAAGUUGAACGCGGUCUGUACACUUCCUCAGAGGUGGGACCCCAGCCCCCAGGCACCGCAUGGGGGGCUGUCAGGGCUCUGGGAGAGGCUCCCUGGUGUGAAGUGGCCCAGGUCUGGACUGGUCAGCUGUAGCACCAGCCUGUUAGACUGCUCUGUGGGAUGGCCAGGAGCUGUCCCAAUGCGGGGGUCAACAGACAGCGAGCCCUGUCAAGGAUGGAAGCUCCAAGCUGUGGCUAGGGAGGGGCAAGCAUAUUCCCAGUGCCAAGGGCAGUGCCCAGCACUUAAUGGCAUUCAGUGCGUAGUUCUGGAAGGAAUGAAUGGUUCUAGGGUCCUUCUGCACCCCGAGUGUCCCCCGGCCCUGGAGGCUGCUGUGGCUGCCUGAUCCUAGGACUGGCGUGUGUGAUGGUCAGGCUGGAGCACCAGGGGCGUGGUCUCAGCUGAGGCUUGGUGGCUUGGGGAGGGACGUGCAGCAGAAGAGAGCCCAGUGUAUUGCUCCUCCUUGGUGGGCCUGGGGCUCGCCUGAUGGCUGACUGUCAGCGACUUGGAUUCUUAUCAAUGCCAGUGUUGUGAAGAGAAAAAUGAAGGAUUGAUGCUGUCACUUGGUCUCGUUGUCCU